GACCCCCUCAGACCAGCCCCGCCCCGCUGAGCCGCUCCCGGCGCCGGCGCAGUCUGUUCCCACCCUCGUCCCGGAAGGGCUCCUGUUUCCCGGAGUGCCUCGCGCGCUCCUUUCCGGCCUGUGCCCGGGCAGGCGUUGCUCAGAUGGCUCCUGCAAAGAAAGGCGGCGAGAAGAAAAAGGGGCGCUCUGCCAUCAACGAGGUGGUAACGAGGGAAUACACCAUCAACAUUCACAAGCGGAUCCAUGGCGUGGGCUUCAAGAAACGGGCACCACGCGCUCUCAAGGAGAUCCGUAAGUUUGCGAUGAAAGAGAUGGGUACUCCCGACGUCCGCAUUGACACCAGAUUGAACAAAGCAGUCUGGGCUAAAGGAAUAAGGAAUGUUCCUUACCGUAUCCGUGUACGUUUGUCCAGAAAGCGCAAUGAGGAUGAAGAUUCACCAAACAAACUGUACACACUGGUUACCUAUGUACCAGUGACAACAUUCAAAGGUCUACAGACAGUCAAUGUGGAUGAAAAUUAAUCUGAUUUUCAUUACAAAUAAAAGGAUAAAAAGAAAGUUUAUUCCUAAGUUGUUGUUUUUAUUGUCCAGUCUCUUCAAGCUCUCAGCUGUGAAACAUUGAGUUGAACAGGUACCAACAUCUUAAAGUAUCUUGUUUUCUUUAGUCUUGUACAUAAUGGUGCAAUUUGCUUAA